GUGAGAUCAUGGGAGAGUCCACGCUUGGAGAAAGUAGGUUAGCAGGGUAGACUGAGAGGAAAGCAGGCGGAGAGUCAGAGCGCAGAGGGGGGGUCCGAUCACCGGUUCGUUCACCGUGGGACUGUUCUGUCAAAAAAGUUGAGCCAAAUCUAUUCGCCAGUGCGCACAGACGGUUACGAUGCGAUCCAAAGCGACUUUCUUCACUCUUUUAUUCCGCUCGGAUUUGACCGAGCGAUAGGCGAGAGGAGUUUCGGCUAGUUUUUUCUGUCUUUUUUUUGCUCGUGCUUUACGAGUCUGCAGCCGGGACGAAGUUUGUAUUUCCAGAGCCAGUUCUCUCUGGCUCCAGCGGUUUAUCCUCAUCUGUCCUGUCACCAACAUUAACCACAUGUAGCCGAGUUUUUUUAUCGACCAGCAAAGAGAAAGAAAACAUCAAAAUGAGAGCUCAGAUCGAGGUCAUCCCCUGUAAGAUCUGCGGGGACAAGUCCUCGGGAAUCCACUAUGGAGUCAUCACCUGUGAAGGCUGCAAGGGUUUCUUCCGUCGCAGCCAGCAGAACAAUGCCAUGUACUCGUGUUCCCGCCAGCGGAACUGCCUGAUCGACCGAACUAACCGUAACCGCUGCCAGCACUGCCGCCUACAGAAGUGUCUGGCUUUGGGCAUGAGCAGAGAUGCGGUCAAGUUUGGUCGUAUGUCCAAGAAGCAGCGUGACAGCCUCUACGCUGAAGUGCAAAAACACCAGAAGUCCCAGGAGUGUGUGGGCUCUGCAGGCGUGGGCGCUACUGCUCUGUCCCUACCCAAAGAGGACGGCAUCUGUGGAGGUGGCGGAGAGGAUGUCGAAGAGGGCCUGAGCCGGUCCUACAGCAGCGGGGGCUCCAGCUCCACCCUCAGCGACCUGGAUGACAUCGCAGCGUUGCCUGACCUGUUUGACCUGCCUCUGACCCCUGAAGAGGCCAGCGAGUACUGCAGCCUGGAGCUGCUCGGCGGCGGUGGAGCCAGCACUGGUAACACCUCCAACUCAUCGUCAGCCUCUUCCUCUUCCUCAUCCUUGUCCAAUCAGAAUUCCCCGCAGCAGACAAUGCUGGAUGGGGCAGACGGCAACGGGAUCCAGCUCCUGCAUACACAUCCGCUGCUGGGACACACACACACACUGCUGGAUCAUCUGCCUGAUGACUGCUCAAUAACAGACCUUGAGCGCAUCACUCAGAGUAUUGUUAAGUCGCAUCUGGAGACGUGUCAGUACAGCGCUGAAGACAUGAAGAGAUUCACCUGGGCACAAUACGCACCUGAGGAGACGCGUGCUUUUCAAAACAAGUCAGCUGAGUGGAUGUGGCAGCAGUGUGCGCACCACAUCACCAAUGCCAUUCAGUAUGUGGUGGAGUUCGCCAAACGCAUCGCUGGCUUCAUGGACCUGUGCCAGAACGAUCAGAUUAUAUUGCUGAAAGCAGGCUGCCUGGAAGUCCUGCUGAUACGCAUGUGCCGAGCUUUCAACGUCAACAACAGCACCAUUUUCUUCAAUGGGAAGUUUGCCCCGGCUCACUUCUUCAAAGCUCUCGGUUGUGAUGACCUGGUCAGUGCAGUGUUUGACCUGGGGAAAGGAUUCUGCCGUCUGCAGCUGUCUGACGAAGAGAUGGCUCUGUUUAGCGCUGCUGUUCUUCUAUCUCCUGAUCGACCCUGGCUAACAGAAGGCCAAAAGGUUCAGAAGCUCCAGGAGAAAGUCUACCUGGCUCUGCAGCACAGUCUACACAAGAGUGGUGCUUCCGACGAGAAACUGGACAAGAUGGUGUCCAAGCUGCCCAUCAUGAAGUCUAUCUGUAACCUCCACAUAGAUAAACUCGAGUUUUUCCGUUUGGUCCACCCAGAGACCGCCUACAGUUUCCCGCCUCUGUACCGGGAAGUGUUUGGCAGCGAGAUGUCUCUGCCGGACUCCACCAACAGCUAGACAGACAGUUAGACAAACAAGAGAGAUGGAGAGAGUGUAUUAAGAGGUAGGGAAGCAAAAAAAAGGAGAGACAGAGAAGGAUAGAGAUGUUGAAGCUCAGCAACCAGCAGUUAAGAGACAAUCCAGGACUUUAAAUACUCCGUCUCCCAUGAUCCCAAAGCAGUCCUCCACUUUCCCAGCAGGCAAAGCACCUUACACUACAGACCACACAUGCUCAUGGUCCUCUGCAUAUUGUAGCAUUAACAACAAGCGGAUGGGCGUUCUAAUAAUAAGAGCCUGCCAGGCAUGAGACAGCUCCAAGCUCUAACACUUGUUUUUGUAACAUCAGAUCCACUUUGGAUCACCCAACCAGAUAUGAAUGUACCUCAAUGAAAAGCACCAGUGCACAAGCCAGAACCCAACAACAGUGAAUGUACGACCCUGCCGCUCUGAGACAGAGUUUUACACAAAGUAUUGGAAGGAAGUUGUGUCGACACACACACAGGUUCUCACUAUUAAUACAGCUCUCAGUCAGUAAUUCUCUCGACAUUAAUGCAUCUCAGUGUGGUACGCCUGCGUAUUCAUACAGACAAUAUCCUUGUACUGACCAUCAUUUAGGGACCAAGAUCAUGAGUCAUUUUCUCUGCUAUGAAAAUAAACACACAGACAUGGCGUGACUCACGGCUUAGGCUGAGAACCAGUUUCACUCACAUUUAGACAGUGUUCGGUGCUGCCUUUUUUUGUAGGCUCUUGUAAUGCAAUGAGAAACCUCAGUCCCACGCACCCCUUUCCUUGUAAAUGCCACUUAGAGACAGGACAAGAUGAAAUUAUCUUUAAUUUAUAUACACAUUUAUAAACAACUAUUUUAAAUAAGAAUGUAAAUAGAUGACUAUAUAAGUAUAUGGAGAGAGAGAGUUAGAAUGUGUGAGUUCAGUUCAGAGAGAGAGCGAGAGAAAAGUGUGGAGGUGAGAGAAAAAGACGGAUAUUUCAAGAACGCUGAUGUUUGGACUCAGAAAUUGUCGCCUGGACUACUUCCUCUCUUGACAGUACUCUCAGGUUUCCAUGGCAACAACCCCCUCUUGCACUGACGGCAGCCCCCUCCUGGGUUAGGCGCCGUCAUCACGCAAGCGACGGGGGUGGACACUUGUUGCAGAUGCGAUACAGCGGGGUUGGGUGGGGGUGGGGGAGGGCAGUGUACCCAAACAGAGGCGAAAAAAAACCAUUGCCUUGCAUUUAAAACUGAGAGUUUUCAGGCCGCGCUGUUGCCGCACACGAGGACAAACAAGGACACUAAGGACAGGAGGAAGCAAGGCAAAAGAUGACUUCAUGAACUGUCUGAUGAUAACACGGGACACACAGGGUCUCCCCGCCUGUUUCUAACCAGCAGUCCGUACAGUAGGUGUAGAAUAACUGUCUUUCACUCAUGCUUCAGUUGGUUCAAAGCCGGAACGACGAUGAACCAUGAUAUGUAUCAUAAACCCUCCUUGCUGGUUGGAGCAACUGUAUUAUUUUGUACAUUUGCUGUUCCUCUCUCCUGUAGUCCCAAACACUUGUCCAAACACCAAGCACUUAUACUUUCCUCUUCCUCACUGAACACUAGUCUAAGGCCAGACAGAGCUACCAGCUGCCCCCUGAGUUGGGCCUCAAUGCCAGUAAGACUUAAUAGUUCUCACUCAAUCUGUUUUAUUAAUUUUGUUUUUUUAUUAUUCCAUAUCUGUCACACAAGGUCACCCAUAGCUGUUUACAUUUCCCAUGUACAUAAGCAACAUGCUCUCUGAAGGUUGCAUUGAGAUGAUGAUGAUGAUGAUAAUGUCUUACUCGGGGUGCUGUGAAGUUCUUGAGCAGAGUCUGAGGAGGACCUGCCGCUCAGGGAGCUAGCUGUGGUCUCUUGUCCCUUUAUUACCAGUGUCGUCUUUUAGCCUCGUGCUCCUCACACCUUUGCACCUAAGAUGAGACCCGUAACCAUAAUCACUGUGGACGUAAGUUCUAUUUUUGUGAAUGUUACUCACAAAGUGUCAAAGCCCCUUCCCAUUUGUCCUAAUAUUGUGACAUCAAAUUUACAAGACAUAGGAAAUUUUUAAAAAAAGAAAACACAAAUAAAUCAGUUAGUUAAAUUCAUUAUUAGGGUUUAAUGUUUCUUUUUGCUGUGAUUUUCAUUUAUUUGUCAGUCUUUUAUCCACCUUUUUUCUUUAUGUGUCUCCACUUUUGUCUUGUAAAGUCAGUGAUCUAUUUUUUUUAAUUGAAGAAAGAUUAGGUACAAACAAAAAAAGAAUAGUUUGUCCCCCUACUCUUUCCCUGUAUGACAAAAUGUACAAGAGGUAUAUUACUAGUCCAAGAGUAACUGAGUCACACAGCUCGAUAUAUAUUGUUGUCCAAUGGGAUACAUUAUAUGUGGUUUUAAGAAUGUAAUAAAUGGUUUCUUUUUCUUUUGAAAA